GGCUUCCACUUUAGCAAAACAGAGAAAUAAGAUCCGGUUUUUGUCGAACAGGAAGCGAGGAGAUACUGAUGGCGCCCGACUAGAAUGGAGUAGCAAUUAUCGCGUACUACUUCUUAUACUGUUUGUCGUGUCUAGUAAGUCAUAAACGAAUUCAACUCGCAAUACACGAUGGAAGGGGAGAUAGAGGUGGAGAGCAGCAGUGAUGUGGGUCCGUCGGGGUCCGGAAUGGAGGAGCCGUCGGAGAGCGGUAUGGGCAUGGAGUCCUCAGAGGCCAUGUCGGCAGACAGCAGUGAUGCAGCAUCCCACCAUCACAGCCAGCGCCACCACGGCAUUGCCCCAGAGUCAGACUGCCACGUGGGACAGAGCUCAGAGGGGGUCCCGGUGUUCCUACCAGAGACUAGUUCCAGUACGGAUGUCACCCACCACAGAGCCACCGUCCACCUCCCAGACUCCUCCUCUGUGGCCCAGUCCACCAGCGUCUCCACUGUAACACAGUCCAUCCUGGUGUCUGGGUCAGCCCAGGUGAUGGUUCACUCCAGCGUGGCGGUGUCUGACUCGACAGCCUCCACCUCCUCAGAUCUGGGAUCAGCCAUAGACAUGAUCAUAGAGUCUACCAUCGGACCCGACAUCAUGAAUGGUUGUAUAGCAGUGACCAGUGCAGAGGACGGAGCUGCAGAGACCAGUGAGGGUCAGUAUUUGAUACUACAAGGAUCACAUGAUGCCCACACGUCGUCCUCGGCCCAGUCCAGCCAUCACCGCAUCACCAUCGAGGCUCUGGGAGAGGGUCCUACUUCCACCUGCCUCGACCAGGGAGACAUGCAGGAUAACCCUGACCAGCCAGACCAGCCCUCUGGCAGCCAUUACCCAGACCAUGAGGACCAGGAGAACCAGCCCCAGCACUCCCACGCAUCUCAGUACAUGGACUGUAGCGGUGGAGAUGCAGACGGACCUGACCAGACUGGAGAGUCAUCCUCCUCGUAUGUAGAUGACGAGGAAUCUGACCAGACUAGGAUCUCGUCCCGGUCUCUGUCCCGCUUCCCCGAGUACGGUGUAGUCGACAACUCUGACCAGGACCUGCGGGGGUACGUGGAGGGUAGCGGAGCCGCCGACUCCAACCCCUCGUCCCCCGGCAUUCGACGACGCCACACUCACUAUGUUGUGGACUGCAGUGCGAGGGCGGAGGUGUACCUGGAGUGUGAAGAGGAUUUGAGGCCGCAGCACUCUCAGAGCUACAUCGACAGCAGCAGCAGAGCUAACCACUCCCAGGGUCACUUAAUCCUGCCUAACCACUCCCAGGGUCACCGAACCCUGUCUAACCACUCCCCGGGUCACCGAACCCUACAGCAGUAUGUGGAGUUUGUUGCUGCAGAUUCAGAGCAGCCCGGUUGUUCCAACUACCAGGAUCGGGAAGGGCAAAGGGAGGACCCAAACAAGAGCCCAGACCAGAACCAGGACCCAGACCAGCCACAGCACUCUGACCAGCAGCAGCCCCAGCACUCCCACUACAUGGAGACCACCAGCAGCAGCACUGGCCCAGAGGCCUCCACGGGGUGGUACACUGGGAUAGGGGAGGGAGGCGAGGGCUCCUCCACAGACCACCACCACCCCCAGGCAGACACUGUGGGAUCAGUCCACCACCACCCCCAGGCAGACACUGUGGGAUCAGUCCACCACCACCCCCAGGCAGACACUGUGGGAUCAGUCCACCACCACCCCCAGGCAGACACUGUGGGAUCAGUCCACCACCACCCCCAGGCAGACACUGUGGGAUCAGUCCACCACCACCCCCAGGCAGACACUGUGGGAUCAGUCCACCACCACCCCCAGGCAGACACUGUGGGAUCAGUCCACUACCACCCCCAGGCAGACACUGUGGGAUCAGUCCACCACCACCCCCAGGCAGACACAGCGGGCUCAGCAGAGGCUAUGGAGUGCACAGAGAGCCAGCCUGGCCCUUAUAUCAGCAGCAGUGGGACCUACUCCUCCCGCCUGGAGCCUGAGGUUGAGGGGGCCCCUGAGCCUCAGUGGUCCCCCAGUCUGGGGAGGCCUUUCAGGGGAGAGGAGGGUGGCGUGGUGGGGGGGUCUAGAACUUCAGCCGUGGACGGGGGGGCCGGGGCUGGAAGGGGACCAGGGGUCACCGUCCCGCACACCAUGGCUGAACUGGAGGAGAUGAUGGAGGUGGUGAUCGUUCAGCAGUUCAAAUGCAAGAUGUGUCCCUACAAAAGCGUCUCCAAAGACACCCUCAUCAACCACAUGAGAGACAGGCACUUCAAACCCACAGGUGGCCCCCCUCCUAAGAAGCGUGGUCGGCCCAGGCGUAGUGAUACGUUGGCCCGUCAGCAGGCUGAGGUGAAACCAGAGCCGGAGCUAGAGGACGAAGACAUCGUAGACGCUGGGGCCCUCCAUGACUCUGAAGAGGACAGUGACUAUAACCCAGCAGAUGAGGAUUGUAGGGGCAGACAGCCUGCCCUGCUUAGACAACCUGCCCCUCCUCCCUGCUCCUCCACAGACCGUCCCCGACGCAGGGUGGGACACCCCAGGAAGUUCACCUACACAGAGGGCAGCUACAACAGCAAGGAAGCUGAGGGUGCAUUUAAGCAGCGUAUCGAGAGUGUGGACCCUCAAGGCUCCGAGGAAGCCAGUUCCUCAGACCUGGGAAACGGACCAGAUUCCUUGGCCAAUGGAAAAGCAGUGGAAGCCGGCAUCAGCCAGUCAGACUCUGAGAACAAAGACCCGUCACCCAAUGGGAGGCCGGAGGAGGCAGAGUUUUUCCCCAGGAAACGAGGUCGACCCUCCAAGAGGUUUCUCCGCAAGAAAUGCAAGAAGUACAUGAAAUAUUACACGUCUCUGAAGCCCCUCCUGAGGCCUCACAACUGUUGGAUUUGUGGCUCUCGCUUCCUGUCCCAGGAUGACUUGAGGUUCCAUGUAGACUCUCACCAAGGAAACGACCCAGAGUGCUUCAAGUGCCUGCAGUGUAACUACCGUUGCAAACGCUGGUCCUCGCUCAAGGAACACAUGUUCAACCACCAGGGGAACAAGCCCUUUAAUGUGGUCUGUCUGACUCUCAGCAGGUAUCUAAGGUGUUGUCGUUCCCGUGUCCAGUGUGGUGUUGUCGUUCCCGUGUCCAGUGUGGUCUGUCUGACUCUCAGCAGGUAUCUAAGGUGUUGUCGUUCCCGUGUCCAGUGUGGUCUGUCUGACUCUCAGCAGGUAUCUAAGGUGUUGUCGUUCCCGUGUCCAGUGUGCCAUAGAGUCUACCCCAUGCAGAAGAGACUCACUCAGCACAUGAAGACACACAGUGCUGAGAAACCACACAUGUGUGACAAGUGUGGGAAGUCCUUCAAGAAGAGAUAUACGUUUAAGAUGCAUCUCCUCACACACAUCCAGAGUGUUGACAACAGCAGGUUCAAGUGUGAGUUCUGUGACUAUGACUGUGACAACAAGAAGCUCCUGCUCAACCACCAGCUGUCCCACGCCAACGACCGGCCCUUUAAGUGUGACUACUGUAAAUACUCAACCUCUAAAGAGGACUUCCUGGUCUCUCACCUGGCCAUCAAACACACAGGAGAAAAGCCGUUCUCCUGUGAGAUGUGCCACUUCAUGACGAAGCACCGUAAGAACCUGGGUCUGCACGUCCAGUGUCGCCACCCGGAGGCGUUUGAGGAGUGGAGCGCUACGCACCCUGAGGAGCCCGUCAGGCGGAGGAGGAGACCCUUCUUCACCCAGCAACAGAUAGAGGAACUCAAACAGCAACACGACGACACAGCGGGCCUACAGAACACUAUAGUAGCAGUGGAUUCUGACACACUACAAGCCAUGCAGACAAUGCAGAACGCCUCAGUCUCCCAAGAUGCAAUGGGAAACACUACCAUCACUUACGAACAGGCCGGGAAUUCGGACCUGUCAGCCCAGAAUGCUCUGGAUCUGCUGUUGAAUAUGAGCAACGCCAGACAGUUGGUGGAAAACUCACUACAGGUACAGAUGUUGAAAUCAUCGGACUCCGAGGUUCUAAAAACGGGCUCCUGGACAGCGGUUACCUCGGCGACCGGGGGAGCCCAAAAGGUUGUGACGUUCCACAUGUCUGAGAAUGGGGAGACCCUGGUGCAAGAGGUCCAGGAGGUCUAUGAGGCUGGGACCAAUGAGAAUGGAGAGAUUACUCAGAUAGCCAUCCAGGCCUAUGAAGGGGCAGAGGGCUUCAGUGUGGUGGAACAGAUGGAACAAAGCACUGGACCUGGAUACAGUAGUGACGUGGGCAGUCCCCAGCCCAUGGAGGAAGAGCAGGAGGGAACAAGAACACUCAAAGAGAACAGAGACACCCAGUACUACCUGACCUCUGGUGUGGGGGAUGGAGUUCUACAGCAGGUAGAGCUAAGCAGUGAGGUCCCCGGUUCCCCCUCCAUGGUGGCAUCCCCCCUGGACCAGAACCAGCUCAACCCAAAGAGGUUCUCCUGUCGUAUCUGCUCAGAGUCGUUCCAAGGCCGCAGUGACAUGGAGAACCACAAGAGGGCCCAUAUUGACCCCUCCACCUUCAAGUGUCCUGACUGUGACUUCACUGCCUCCUCCUGGCCAGACGUCAAGACCCACAUGGGCAUGCAUACCUACCUGCGGCCUCACAAGUGCCCCAGCUGCAGCUUUGCCUCCAAAAACAGGAAGGACCUGAGGAGACACAUGAUGACGCAUACCAACGAGAAGCCCUUCACCUGCAAGAUCUGUGGACAGAGGUUUAAUCGUAACGGCCACCUCAAGUUCCAUUUGGAGCGACUCCACAGCCAGGACCCCCCGACAAAGAAGAUCCAUUCUGGAGGAGGCUCCCAGCAGCAGGCCUUUAUAGUCAGAAAUGAUGAGGAGGAUCUCGCCAUGCUACAGUCCCUGCAGGCAGGACAGACCAUCAGUCCGGAGCAGCUACAGAAGGCCCUGGGUCAGGACCACAUUAUAGUGUCCCAGGAACAGGGCCUGGAAGACAAGGAGGAGGCCACGUACAUCCAGCAGAUCACCACAGCGGACGGACAGACGUUACAGUACAUAACAGGAGACAACCAGGUCCAGUAUGUCAUAUCUCAGGAUGGAGUCCAACACUUCCUACCCCAGGAGUACGUGGUGCUAGCAGACGGGAACCACAUCCAGAUGUCAGAUGGACAGAUCAUCCAAUAUGAGAAUGAUGGGGCCUUCCUACAGGAGCAACAGAUUUCCCUGAGUCAUGACAGCCAGAUCCAGGAUCUUCCCGUCAGUUCAGAACAACAGAUAGUCAGACCUGAAGACUUGGAGGUUGCUGAACACUCUGCUGUCACCGAUGACCCUGAGAUAGAAGCACAACAGUGGACGGAGGUGAAUGGACAAGUAUACGGACACGUUCUGCUGAGAUUUAUCUUUCCUCCCUUCUACAAUGGUUACGAGAAGUUAUGUUCUAAACUAUAUCCUGGGCCAUUUCCUGUUGUGAAUACCAGAGGAUAUGUCAACAACUUGUACAAGGGACGAAUAUCGAGAACGGAAUACAACGGUGAGAUGUACGUUAUGAUAUGGAAUUUAAAACCUGUGGACGCUGGCGACUACAGGUGUGUUGUCAGCAGUGUGAAUCAUAUCUACUCUGACUUUCACCUCCACAUUGAUAGUGGUCGACGUAGCGGUCCUGUACCCCCUCGCACUCGUGUCAGAUCAACCAUCAGACCCUCCAUCUCUUCAUCAUCCUCAUCAGACACCUCAGGGCCUUUUUUCCCCAGUAUUUCCCGGAGUGUUAGUAUACCACUGGCUGCAGGUCUCUGCAUCUCCAUGGGGAUCGUUAUCUGUUCAAUCAUAGUUGCUGUGGUUCAUCGCAAAGUCAGGGCAAAAAAGAAAUGUGGAGCAACUUCCAGUGACUCAGCAGCCCACGUCCUCUCACACGUCCCUCAAAAGGAGAGCAGUAUUGUCUACGCCACAGUGGACUUCAAACCUCAGGAGAACCAUACCACAGAGCUGUAUGCUAACCUACAGACACUCAGCAGCCCCAGAGGUCAUGACCCUGACACACACAGAGAGCCUGCUGGCACGGUGGUGUACUCCACGCUGGCUAGCAACCAACGCUGAACCGGAUUGUUACGUAUCUGUAUCUUUCUUAGCCUGGUGGUCACAGAUCUGUUUGUGCUGUCUUGAUAUGCUGUCAUGACCAGGCUAUCUGUAUAAUCCUUAGUUGCUACAUUUUUUUUAUUUUUUAUUAAUGAUAUAUACUUAUAAAUGCCUCAUGAGCUUAGUUCAUCUGUCGUACCCCCAUCAGAACCCAAAAUAUAAGCUUGUUUUACUCCAAUGUUUGUAAACAAAGUAAAUGUAAUCAAACACAUUAUAGCCUCAACACAUGGUUAAAACUAUAGUGUUGAUAUCAUGGAUGGUCAGUUCUUUUAUCCAUAGCUCUGUCUAGGAUAGAGACGCCCAUCCUUCCGCUUCUUACCAAAACAGCGGCGGGGUGCCACUUUGUUUCAACUUUGGUUUCUAGCUUUAAGAUGAUUGAUUUGUCUAUAUUAUUUUGACUUAUGAACUAUACAAAUAAAAUAACUCAACUACA